GAUAGGGAUCUCGGACGCGAAUCUCUUCCACCACCACGCGAGUUCCGGAAGCGAACGUAGCCCGACUUGAAGCAUUACUGAAAGCCACUCGAGAUCUGGACGUCCGGGAACUUAGGCCCAGUACUAAAAAUGCGUCUAUGAUAUUUUAGAGACCUUUCAAGCUUUUCUGCCGUUGAGCUUUCGGAGCCCAAAGGGAGAAGAUUGAUAGGAUAAGGAAGAAUUGAUCAACAACCCAACCAUGGAAGCUAUUGCGAGUCGCAAGAGAAUCAAUCCCUCCAAAGACUCCACUCCAAAUGCGCUAGCUGGCAAGGUGGCUCUAGUGACGGGCUCUUCAUCCGGCAUUGGGGCUGCUGUUAUCAAAGAACUCUCAGCUCGAGGGGCUUCCGUGGUCAUCAACUACGGCUGGCCCGAUUUGGAAUGCACUGCGAGUGAUCUUGGGGAAAGCCUGAAAAGCCCCUGGAUUGCCGUGGAAGCAGACAUAUCAACCCUGAAUGGCCCCUCUCAUCUUGUGCAAACCGCCGUCGACAAGUUUGGGAAACUCGACAUCAUCGUAAACAAUGCAGCCAAAGCGACGCUCGCCAAAGUGGAGGACACAAACGUCGACUUGUGGGAUGCGUCUAUGACCACCAACGUCCGUGGGCCAUUCCUAGUGUGUCAGGCGGCGCUGCCACAUCUUCCACCCAAGUCAGAGGGUGGCGGCGGCAGGAUAAUCAACAUCACUUCUGCUGUAUCGACAGAUCCCGAGGUUCAACAACUGGCAUACGCAACCAGCAAGGGUGCGGUUGCGACCCUGACCCGCUGUCUGGCAAAAGAGUUGCCGCCAACUUACGGAUGUACCGUCAACGCAGUAUCUCCUGGUAUCAUUAAAUCGCCACAGUUUCUUGGAGAAUUGCAGAGAACGGGCGGCGCCUUUUUGACGCAGAUUUUCGAUGCCAGGACACCGGUAGAUGGUUGGAUUGGAUUACCUGAAGAUGUCGCUUUCGCUGUUGCGUUCCUGGCAGAGGAGAGAGCCAGCUGGAUCAAUGGUGCCAGUUUGAAUGUAUCAGGAGGGAUGUUCCUUGAUUGAUCAUAGCCUUUACAGUUGUGUCAUAAGUUUACUGUAUAGACCAAUUGCCAUCUAUCCACCCUAUAGAUGGCUGUGUGCUAUACAACUCUGC